AUGACUAUACAAAGAAAACAGCUCUUUGCUCUGUCACCUACUGAAGUUGGAAGCUUGAUAAGUCUUGGGCCUGCUGAAUCUUGUGAAUUUUUCCAUGAUCCUUCCAUGAAAUCAAGUCAUGAAGGCCAAGUGAAAAAAUCAUUGUCGAUCACUCCUCUUGGCAGUGACAAUGGAUACUUCGUUAACAUAACUGUUCUGAAUAAUGUGCAAAAGACCAACGAACGCCUUUCAGUCCCUGUAACAAAAGCUGAAUUUGCAGUUAUGCGCACGGCAUUGAGUUUUGCAUUGCCGCACAUCAUGGGUUGGGACCAAGCGUUGUCAACUCACCCUCAAAGCACCUCGACCUCAGCUAGCAAGCCUAGGUUCGAGCGCCCAAACCCAGCUUCUGAGUGGGACAGGUGA